UAAUUCUGCUACGUGCACCUGGCAACCCUGUGCAUCACCAUGACAAUCGGUGUUAACCAUGAGGCAUGAGUGAUACCGAUACGGACGACACUGAUCUGCUGCUCCUGAUACCACCGAACUUCUGCGCGGAGAACAAAAUGAGCGCAUGCGCGGCGGCAGAUGCGCUGGCCAUGCCCCCGCCCCCUCCCCCGGCGACCACAAGUGCAGCGUACCAGUUCCUGCAUCCCAGCAAGAAAUCGGAGCUGAAUAGCAUCAAUGCCCGGCUGCAGAACAUCGCACUGGAUGCGGAAGAGCCUCCCUCGGACAUUUCCACCAUAUCCACGAAUACUGUGAGGAACGCUGGGCGGCCAAGUAGGGAGCUCCUCGGCAUGGUGCACUCCACGCCGAAGAGUGGGUCCGUUGAGCCCCUCCACCAUCGUCCACUGGACGACAACAUUCUGCUCGAAAUCGACCACUACCUAGACGACAAUAUUGCGCAUCGCUGGCAGAGGCACGAUCACCACCUGCAUCACCGCAGCGACGAUCAUCUGAGGAACGAGCGGGUGGGGCAGGAGGGUCAUCCGGGAACCUCCUCUCUGCCCAGCAUGAGGCUGGCCUCGUCAUCCUCCGGCGCCGUUUCUGUCGAAGCAGCCAGGGUCGAUCGAAACAGCCUGAAUGAUAACAAGAUCAUAAGUCUAAGCGAGCUCUGGGGCAAGAGCAGCUUGACCAAAACUGUACUCGACAACAACUCGCCCAACCGACCACUGUGCAGCUCUUCCCUAAAAGAGGAACAACUCAGACGGCAGCAUCUGGAGAAAACGGUGCACACACUGCAGUCGCAACUUUUGGAGUACCAGCAGCGUAUCUCAGUGGCCAUCGAGGUGGAUCGUUCGAAGGAUGCUGCUCUCACCGAGGCUGAGCAAACAGUUCAAAGUCUCAACUACGAGGUUCAGCACCUGCGGGACGCUGUCCACCGGCUGGAAGCGGACAGGGGCGAGUCUCAGACCCGGUUAGAUGCGCUGCAGACCGAGUUGUCGCAGGCGGUCAACUUGGCCACCAGGUUCCAGGAAAAGAAUGAUAAACUCGAAAGGGAGUUGGACCAUUGCAGGCAAGACGCCAAGCAAUGGGACGAAAGACUGGAGCACCUGGAAAUGCAACUCAACAGCAGCAAAAGAGCGGAGGAGCUGUCACAUGCCGAGCUUAAUAAGCUAAGGGAUAAGUUUGCCAAGGUGGACUACCAACAAGAAAAGCUAAAAGCGCGGAUAGAGGAACUGGAGAAGGACAAGAACACGCUGACCAAUCAAAAGGAAAUGCUCCAGGAAUAUCAUCAGAAGCAGAAAGCAAGAGCGGAUUCCUUGGAGAGCCAGCGUAAAUCCCUACAAGAAACUCUGGCGAACCUAACGGAAACUGAGUCCACUCUUAAAAAGAAGUUAGAUAUACAGCAGAAAUCCCUAAAGCAAUACUACCAACAGCAAAUGGAAAAUGUCGUGGCGAAGAAAAUGCAGGAGUUCCAGGACCAGCUGGACAAGAAUGAGGAGCAUUUAAAGAACGAAGCUCGGGAGCGUGAACGACUAAUAGCCGAGCGGGCAGUGAAGCAGCUUGAAAUGAUCAACGAGAAAAACAACCAGGAACUGAAUCUCAUCCAGGAAAAGCACAACGAGGAGGUGGAGCUGUACCGCCUUCAACUGGCGAAUGCCUCGAAAAAGAUCGAUGAAAUGGAUCUCAAGCUCAGCUGUUACAAAACUAAGCGUGCUGAUAUUGCGGAGAAGCUCCAUGGGGUAAUGGAGGCCCAGUGGCAGCAGGCCCUUGCUAUCCUCACCACUCCUAGUCAGAACUCCAUCAUGCAAGCCAGUGACAGUGAAGCCAGUGAAUCUCCGGAGCUAAAUAAUGCACGCAUGUAUCCGGAAACGCCCAAAACGAGCAAAUCGCAGCGCAGCAACAGCACUGAGAAGAAUAACCUGGAUGUGGUGGGCAAAAGGGAUCCCCCCUCGCCGAUGGACAAGCUGCAAGCCUACAUUGAACUGCUGCUCAGCAAGUCGCCCAGUGAUUUCGACAGGCUCGACGAGAUCUUGGCCAUGACGGCCAAACAGGGCAGCAAGCAAAGCAAACCAAAGAGCGGAAGUGGCAACAGUAAGCCUCCACCUUGGAAGUGCUGACAACGAGAGAUGCUUUCGAUAAGUAAUAUUCUAUCUAGUAAUACCUGUAGUUUUAUGAGAAUGACUCCCUCUUUGAACGGCCGCUACAAUGGACAUUGUAGUUGUAUAUUUUUCUAUGGAAUUCCGAAAGUAAAUAGUUUGGUUUUUGCAAAA